AUUACAUUACACCUUUUUCCGUUAUUAAUGAGGCAAUCGAAUACGACCCUUCAAUUCAACGGGAAGAAUUAAGAGAAAUUGUAACUCGUGCUGUUAAUGAGUCAGCGGAUACAUAUUUUGAGGAUUCGGAGGCAUUGGAAAGAUUGAACAGAAUUUGUACACAGUUUAAUGAUGCCUUUGAAGGGGUUCGCAGUGUUAACAAUGUACAAGAAGCGAAAUUAAAAAAUAACCUUAACAAACAAAAAAUUGCUGAAAAUAUAGGUGACUUAAAAAUGAAACUUAAACGAAGUUCCUCCGAUCACGCUUUUGAAUUACUCGAGAGGUUGAAUAGUUUACCAAUAAAAGAUUUAAAAUGGAAUGAUUCACUUGCUAGCCAGGUGAUAAGCGACGAGUCUAAAUUAGUUCAAAACCUGGAAGAGGCGUCAGAAAAAUCUUUUAUGGAGCCAUUUAAUAAGAUGCAAGUAAGAAUACCUCCCAAUAUUCGAAAUAUAUGUACUAACUUUGUGGAAAGUUUUCAUGAUGACGAUAUGGAGGGCUUACCACGAAAGCUUUCUCAUGAUAAUUCUUGGAAGGAAGAUGAGGCGACUCUAGCAAAUGUUGUAAAAGAUAUUCUCGGUUCCUUAAAUAGUAUUUGGAUGAACCCGGCUUUUGACGCUGAGUUUGCGAGUGAUCAGAGUGAGGGGGCCUAUGUAACUGAUGUAAUAGUUCCUCUCAUUCGUGCCACGCUAAACAAGCUACCGAUUAAAAAAUAUGCUUUUCUUAGCAGUGCCGAAAGGCAAAGUUUGGCAAGUGCAGACAGAAGAGGGAGAGGUAAACAACCUGACAUAAUGUUUUUAGAGAUGUGUCGCGAAAAGAUAUGUGAACUUAUGUAUAUUGAGUGCUCGCGUCUAAUAUGCACUGAUCGUAAGAAAAAAGACGAUGAAGUGAAAUUAUGGCGUGAAAUGAACGAUGGGAUGUGUUAUGUUUAUAGAAGUUGCAGACCUGUCAGAAAUGAAUUUGGAAUUCUUGGUAUACAGGUUGCGGCAGAUAUGAUGCACUUAAAUAUUCUUAUAAAAGAUGAUGAUGACAUUCAUCGCCUUUUUCACCUCCGCUCAGUAAAAAUUCCCGUACGACUAUGCAAUGAAGAUGAUGUGUUGCAAUUUGUAGAAGCAUUGUUGCUUUUACGAAAUAUUAUGAUUGUCAACAUAUCUUUAUUAUUUCAUUCAUCGGGAAUUAGAUCAGAACGUCUCAAGAAACGAAGUUCAAGUUCAAAUAUUACUGUGACUACUCCAGAACAUCCUUCUAUGGAUGGGGAAUAG